AAAACCGGAUGAUAAGUAUAAGUGUGCAGUACCAGCGCGUGUCAGUGUUUUGCUGUUCUUUGAUCGAGAGUAACGUGCUAGGAAUAUUUAAUUGAGAAUGUCGGAAAAAGCCUGUUGCCACGGUCCCGGUUAUGCAACACCGCUGGAUGCUAUGAAAAAUGGUCCGCGAGAGAAACUUUUAUAUACGGUAACCAUACAGCCCAAUGUGGAUGAGCCCCACGGCGAUUAUCUUGCCACAAUCGAUGUUGAUCCCGAAAGUCCCACCUACUGUCAGAUCGUUCAUCGCACUUUUACGAACAGAAAAGGAAACGAGCUGCAUCAUUCUGGAUGGAAUGCCUGCUCCAGCUGCUACUACGUGGACAAAAACGCCAAGACUGUGCCAAAGCGCAGUAGAUUGGUGCUGCCCUCGUUGAACUCAGAUUUUAUUUAUAUUUUGGAUGUUGUCACUGAUCCGCGCAAGCCCGAAAUUAUAAAGGUUAUCGAUGGCGAUGUGCUAAAGAGUCACAAUGUCACUGCACCGCAUACGACGCAUUGCCUAGCUAAUGGCAAUAUAAUGAUCUCUACCAUGGGCGACGCCAAGGGCAAUGCUAAGGGAGAGUUCAUUUUAUUUGAUGCCGACUUCAAUUGCGUUGGCACUUGGACUAAAGGUGAACGCAAAGCGAUAUGCGGCUAUGACUUCUGGUAUCAGCCCUAUUUUGAUGUUAUGGCGUCGUCUGAGUGGGGUGCGCCCAAUAAAUUCCGACGCGGCUGGAACACUGAGGACUUGGAGGAUAUGUCGCAGUACGGCUGCAGAAUUAAUUUUUAUAAAUGGUCCACACAGACGCUAUAUCAAACUGUUGAUCUUGGACUUGAAGGCGUUACGCCCUUGGAAAUACGCUUUAUGCAUAAUCCGAAGCGUCCCGAUGGUUUUGUUGGCUGCGGCUUGAACGCAAUUGUUUAUUAUUUCAAGAAAAAGGACGACUCGGAUGAGUUUGUGGUGAAGAAAGUCAUUGACAUACCACGAAAACUAGUGGAUCGUGGCACAGGCACGGCCGCUGAGAUGGGCGGUAUGAUUUCCGAUAUUAUUAUUUCGCUGGAUGACAAAUUUCUUUAUGUCAACUGUUGGCUGCAUGGCGAUGUGAGGCAAUAUGAUAUAACAAACCCAGAGGAGCCAAAGCUUGUGUCGCAGUUGUUCUUAGGUGGCGCCAUUUGCAGCGAUCUCACCGAUGUGAUCGUUAAAGAAGACAAGGAAUGGACCGAAAGACCACCACCAUGUUAUAUUAAGGGUCGUCGCUUGGAAGGCGGUCCACAGAUGAUGCAACUCUCUCUCGAUGGCAAACGCUUGUAUGUGUCAUCCUCACUCUAUUCGCCUUGGGAUAAGCAGUUCUAUCCUGAAAUGGUUUCCAAGGGUGGACAUGUUGUGCUGAUCGAUGUUGAUGCUGUGAAUGGCGGCAUGAAAUUAAACGAAGAUUUUCUGGUUGACUUUGGAAAGGAGCCCUAUGGACCAACUUUGCCGCAUGAAAUGCGCUAUCCUGGUGGAGAUUGCACCUCAGAUAUAUGGCUAGCCAACGAUAAGUAAUUUUGUUAUAAGCACAUUUGAAUGAAUUUACAAAAUAAAAUUUAAAUGAACAUUU